AAGGAAAUCGGCUCUCUACGAAGGUACAACAUUAAAAAACGUUGUUCUUGUCAUGACCCAUCUUUCUCAUCCCGAACCUUUGUCAUAGAUUAUAUUUCAAGUUUGCAAAGCCCUCAAAGAGCAACAAAAAGAUUGUCAAUGCAUAAGGAUGUGAGUUUGGAAGAGUUGAUUGCAGAGGAGGAAAACAAGCAUGACCCUGUGACAUCGAUACCCAUGACAGCGGCAUCAUCAUCAUCCCCCUUGACAGUGCCCAUCAUGAUUAAAAAGGAACCAGAGGAGGUCGUACUUUUACCACCCUCCUCUUCAUCCCCUUUGUUACCCACCACCACCAUCACCACCACCAUGACGAGUCCUCUCACUGAAAAACAACAGCGAUCCAUCCCAGAAGAACCCAUCAUGCCUAUUUCACCCACCACAGCUACCACCGCUCGUCUCAAAGUCAUGAGUAUCGACUUUUUGUGCGGCAGUAGUGAUGAAGAUUAUAAAACACCGACACCUGCGCUUACGCUUCGACCACAACAACCACGAGAACAGCGAAGACCCUCUAUGUUGGAUUUAUUGGUGGAUGCAGCGAUGGAUGCAGGCUAUUUAAACACGGAUAAAAAAGAAACUUCUUCUCCAUCCGCCCCCGCCUCUUUUCACCAUGCCGAUGCCGCCCCAUCUUCUUUCUCUUCCAUCAACAAAGCAGAUUCUGCUCCAGCCUCUUUCUCUUCCAACAAUGUAGAUUCCGGUGUCAGUUUUAUGUCUUCUUGCUCUACAUCGCCACCAGCCGUGAUUGUGAAAAAAGAAUUAACCGAUGAAGAUUUUAAUGCUUUGGAUGAUUUCUUGGAUGAUGUGUCGGAUCUGUCAUCUGUGAGUAGUACAGAACUGUCCUUUUCAGCAUCAGACGACGACAACGACGACGAUCAAGACAAAACCACCGUCUCUCGGCGUUCAAGACAGCCCAACAACAACAACAACCACAAACAGGGUAAAAAAGAAGAAUUAGUAUGCAUUGCUUGUGAGAGACCUUUACGUCGACAGGAUAUUUCAGAGCAGGUCGGUGUCGACGUUGCCAUUACCAACGAAUUAGCCACAUGGACAUGGAGUCCCAGUGCCAUCUUUACCGAUUGGCGUCCGAAACGAUGUCCUCGUUGCGAACGUCAUUAUACCAUCUUUCGACAGGAAUGGCCACAUCGCAAAGUAAAGAAAAAGAAAAAGAAAAAACCAAUGCGUUCCACUUUUUCAUCUUCAUCGCCUUCCCCCUCCCCUUCCCCUACCGAGUCCAAGGAGUCCAACAAGAAAAAAAAGAAAAAAUCAGUGCGUGCAUCCACGACUGUGCAAAAACAAAAGAAAAAGAACAAAAAAACCCAGCGAAAAGCGGAUGGCACCCCACCUCUGACUGUCACCCCUACUUUGAUCUCCCAACCUCUUGAUACCACUUGUUCUUCCUCUUCUCCCCUCUUGGAUCAACACGUGACUGCUGCUGCUACUGUUCCCGCCACCCAUCAACUCGCCAUGGCGCUUGAAGAAGAAGAAGGUUUACCUCCCGUUAUUUAUCAAAUCCAAGAUGAUCCCAAUGAUUUAAAUUACAUACCUCCAUCGCCUUUAUCCGAAUUUGAACAAGACGAUUUCUAAAUU